AUGUCCUACACUAACCUCUCACCAACCGCACUUCAACAAUCAAACGGCCCGGGGGAAACACUGACCCUGCCUAUACUCAAGUUCUCCUAUACUACCACCUCCGCAGACCGUGUUGCUCCAUUGGCAUGGACACAUCUCUCUGGUGGUUCAGACCUGUUAGCCCUUUUCUCUACCGUUCGUAUAAGGGAUGAGGCCUCGAAAUGGACAAGGGAGAGCUGGCUGAUGAAGGUGAUGAAAGGACAUGAGGUAUUGGAAGAGCUGGAUCUAGGAUUACUCGCACAGAGAGGAUCGUCAAUGCCUAUGGGAGAUGUAAAGGCACCGGUGGCUGUUAUUGUGAGAUCUCCGUGUCUUGCUAUCCGGUAUCCAUCAGGUAUUAAUCAGAUACGCCGGUUCCAAGUAAAAUUUGCAUCUGUAGCAGAUUACCACCACGCUAUAGCCGUAUUGAAGGCAGCAAAAUGUCCGAUCACCGAACCACCAGCAACUAUUGCACAACAAUCAUCAUAUACAACUUCUACAGCAGGUUCCGGGUAUGCAGGCACAGACUGCCGUAAUGUUCCACCGACCCCAGAGUCGAUAAUAACACCUUCAUGUUAUUAUACUGAUGGAUUGAGCACUCGGGCAGCGUCAUCUACUUUUGUGGAAACACGGCCGUCAUCUAUGGAAUCAUCAAUGACUCUCCCCAGCCUGCCUACUGCUCGCCCAAGCUUGGGUAUAGCGCAGUCCCAUUUCCAGAAACCAUCACAGGCACAGGCUGACUCCAACCCCAGGCCCUCAACAGCACCGACAUUUCUCACUUCCGAGUCUCUCAGUCAGCUUCUCCCUCCAAGGCGAGAACUGCCAUUUGCAAAGAAAAGGUCUGCCGAACGAUCUCCACCAGGGGGGCCCAAUCCUAGGAAAGUCAACAAAGUUGGCCAGGGAAGAGGAGGCAAGCAUCAGGCUUGCGCAGCAACUGCAGACAGUGUAGCCAGAACAGCACAUACAUCAGUCGCAGGACCGAGCGUACAGAACUCCAGCCACGAACUGGUGAGGGGCAAAGAAAGUGGAAAGGAACAGGAACCAGGCUGUGAAGUCCCUGGAUCCCUUCUUCUAUCCCCGAGUAUCUCUCCACAGAAGAGAGGGGGAGGCGAGCACAGGGUAGAAAUCAACACGACCACCAUCACAGAUGCACCUGUGGCAGAGAAUAUCAGCCCAAGGAGCACAGGCCUCCUCCCAUUUACCCGUGAAGAUCUAUCGAGCUAUGCAUCGCACCCGACCGCCGAACGAUCCGAUCUGAUCGAGUCGUGGAGACGAGACCAGAAGGAAGAAUCUCGUCAGAAAAAACCAGCUUUAACUUCCCGUCCAGCCGCCGGCCUGCUGCGUUUCUAUCUUUAUGUUGAUUUCAAUGGUCUAGGUUAG